AUGAUGUCGGUCGACGAGUCCGUCGACGCUAACCCGCUGUCAACUGACCUGCACUUGACACCACAGCGCACGGUGGGCAGCUCGCGGCGUCACAGCUUUUCGUCACGGUGCACGAGUUACUCGCACCUCUCUUCGCGCAGCAUCCUGGAGAACUCGAAGGCAUACUGCAACGUCGAGGUGGGAUCGAUUGCUUGGGCCAGCGCGUCGUACGAUCUGCCCUCGAGCGUGAAGCGCUUUCUCUGGCUCUGCAGCACGUCGAGAGGUUCUGCAGCUAAGGAACUGCGGCGCCAGCUGCUGGUGCUGCGCGACUACUGUGUCCAGCUAGGAAACAAAAUCAAAGGAAAGGAGCUGCUCUCGCAGGGUGGAAGGCACAUUUCGCGCAAGGAGGUGGCGACGGUAGACUUUAACUGCUGCCUCAGCAUCAUCUUCUCCACUUCUCUGGCCUUCACAGGCGAUACGGAGAACGUUGCCAAGGGCACGCUGCGCAGCAUCGUGGGGAAGCUCAAGUCUGCCCAGGACAUCGGCGACGAGAAUGUCUUCCGCGCCGCCAUCAUCGAGGUAGUUAACAACAUCCUCUUGUCCACGCCACUGAGGCCGCCUGCGCACAACACUGUGAGAGCGACAACGAUGAGGAGCAGUGGGAGGACGAGGCUGGAAAGGGCUGAGCAGGAGCCGAGCCUGAGGGAUGAGUGUCUUGAUUUUCUCACCGUCGAGGAUGGCGUUCCCGUUCUGCUGGAGGGCAUGUGGAGGCGCUGGCUGAACUACUUUGAGGAGGGCUACGUUCGCUACGUGGAGAAGCUUCUGGCUGAACAGCAGCAGCCCUCGGCGGCAUCAACCGAGGUACGUAGCGAGGAUGAAGAUGAGGGGUCUCACUAUGGCAGUGCAGCAGCCCCGACCAUUGCUGCGGUGCCCAUUUUCACUGCCUCGCAGAGUUAUUGGAGGUUGACGACAAGCGCUUACGCGCAGUUCUGCCACCUGCUGCUUGCCAUCUUCUUUGUGCGCACUAAGGACUUCUCGCUCAACUACCUCGCCCGAGUCACGAAGCUCGUGCAGUACUACACGUACCAGCUGGAGUGUGACGAGGGUGGGCCCAUCGCAGUGAGGGCAGACGCCGCCGGCGAGAAUGACGAUGGUGAUUUGGACGAGGAAGACGAAUAUAUGCAAUCGGAGGAGGAGAAAAUGCGCUCCUUGCCGAUACCCAAGUACGGCAAAGAUGUUAUUAUGAGCCGGUUCACCAGUGCUCGAUCCUCGGUUGCGGAGAUGUACCGCCGCAGGCACAAGUGCUUCACAACCGAGGAACUACCAGAGAACCUGCGCCCGUUGGCCAAUGCAAUGAUGUCGGCGGCUACCGGGGACUUGCCAGUGCCCAUGGUGCGCUACUCGGACACGAUGGACCUCCAUUCCCUCUCGGUCAGCCGCCAGCGCGGGUACGAGUAG